UUUCUCUCUGUCUAUCACACAAUACCCAUCUUCUUCCAACUUUUUUUUUGCUUUUUUUGGCCCCCCUCUUUAUUUCUAACUGGUACCCUUUUUUCCUUCUUGUUCUUGUUCCCCAUCUUGCUCUUCUUGUUGCAUCUUCUACUUUUGUUAUUUGAUAUUUCUCUAUAUGACUUUUAAUGGACUAUAAAACCUCUACAACCCUUGCUUGAGGUCGUUGCUCAAUUGGGUGUAGUUCCAAGUUUGGGUUUUGGGGCUCUGAGUUUUCUUUGUUUUAUUUUUUAUUUUUUCUUUUUUGGGACUUCCUUUUUGAGGUGCUAUUUCAUUUAGACAGAUGGAAAAGCUUAAUUUUGUGAAGAAUGGUGAGCUUAGAUUGCCUCCUGGUUUUCGUUUCCAUCCAACGGAUGAAGAGCUUGUUGUUCAGUACUUGAAAAGGAAGGUCUUUUGCUUCCCUUUGCCUGCCUCAAUCAUUCCUGAAGUUGAUGUUUGCAAGUCUGAUCCUUGGGAUUUGCCAGGUGAUUUGGAACAAGAGAGGUACUUCUUCAGCACUAGGGAAGCCAAGUAUCCAAAUGGGAACAGAUCAAACAGGGCCACAAGUUCUGGUUAUUGGAAAGCAACUGGAAUAGACAAGCAAAUUGCUACUUCCAAGGGAAACCAAGCUGUGGGGAUGAAAAAGACUCUGGUUUUUUAUAGAGGAAAGCCUCCACAUGGAUCCAGGACCGAUUGGAUUAUGCAUGAAUAUCGCCUUAUCAGUGCUGAAAAUAAAGCCUCCAAUGGUCCACAAGAAAAGAAUUCGACCCAGAACAAUGUGGUGCCGAUGGAAAAUUGGGUUCUUUGCCGCAUAUUUUUGAAGAAGAGGGGUAGUAAAAAUGAGGAUGAACAAGUUCAAUCUGGAAAUGAAGUGCAAAUCAUUCGGAAACCCAGAAGUGCUAGGCCAGUUUUCUACGAUUUCAUGACAAAGGAUAGGGCAGAUUUGAACCUUGCCCCUUGUUCAUCCUCUUCAGGUUCCAGUGGAAUCACAGAAGUCUCCUCUAAUGAAUCGGAUGAUCAUGAAGAAAGCAGUAGUUGCAAUAGUUUUCCGUAUUUUAGAAGAAAACAGUAGCUAAUUAAUAAAUCCCACUUGAUAGCCUCUGUACCAGUAAUUGGGUUUUUUUUUUUUUUUUUUUUGGUGUUAUUUUCUGGUUAUCAAAUCAGAAUAACCAUAUAAGAAGAACGAAAAAACAAUCCGGUGUUUUUGGUCGUUAAGUUUGGCUUCUCUCUGUAUGUGAUAGUCAAAGAGAAUAUGCACAAAAAGAAGAAAUCGGCAUUAACUUGUACUCUCGGUAAUAUGGAAGAGAAAUGGAUGUUUAACAGAUGGGUUUUAUGUAA